AUGCCAAUGAAACGGAUUGUCCUUUCCUUAGUCGGUUUUCAAUACAACACAUUGAACCCGGAAGCGCAAGAGAUUCGAUUACUCUCCAUUCUCCCUUCCCGGAAUCGAAAGGACCCAGUGCAAUGUUUCCUUCGAACAGUAUCGCUCAAGGACCGUCCGAAAUUUGAGGCUCUCUCAUACGUCUGGGGCAAAAGCCAUACCACCGAGAGGAUUAUUCUUGAAGGGAGCGAGUUCAGCGUAACUCCGAACCUGGCAAAAGCCUUGUACGCGCUUCGGCGUGCGUAUUGGAAGCGGACUAUGUGGAUCGACUAUAUCUGCAUCAAUCAAUCUGAUAUCGACGAGAAGAACAACCAAGUGCCGCUGAUGGGGUCGAUAUAUGGACGUGCUCAUCGCGUUGUCUCUUGGCUCGGAGAUGCCAGCCCUGAGGUCGAACUGGCGGUUACCCGGGUGGAGCGAUAUGUUGACAAGAGGAUGAUUAAAGGAUCUUUAUACUGGUGGUGGCUCGGUGCGAAAAGCUGUUUCUCUACCCGGGCCGCAGUAGAGAAAUUCAUAGCUGAAAUUGGUGCUAUGAAAGGCGUGUUCCAGGUUACGAAUAUGCCAUAUUGGUCACGAACGUGGACAUAUCAAGAAUGUUUGCUGGCAAAGCAUGAGCCAACUUUCGUCUGCGGUCAUCUGACUUUCAAAGCAUCGAGGAUGCUAAACACUGUCUAUUCCAUGGAUGCAGGCAACUUGGACGAGAAGAACUUGCCCCGUGGUCUAUACGAACGUUGUUUACAGGCCGAAGCAGGCUUGAUUGAGCAUUAUAACACCCUGACCCUAAACACUCUGAGCCAGAUAUUACUAUCCCUGGACCCAGAAAACAAGCGUUCUAUGGGCACCUUGUUGUUCCAUCUUCAAAACACAAGUCAGCGCCAGUGUGAGAAUCCCAGGGACCGAAUCUAUGCGCUAUAUGGGCUUUGCCCAGAUAUCAAGAAGGUUUACCCACAAGAUUACAAUAAAACCUUUGAGAGGAUCAUGUUAGAAACUACAAUCUGGACAAUCAAUAAUGAAGGAGGCGCAGUGCCUUUUGCAACACUUGCUUUCCCUAUACACAAUGUCUCGAAAAGGUCGCUCCCAACCUGGGUACCAGAUUAUCAUGGAGCUGACUCACCAUUCUUCAUGCCUUACUUCCAAACUUCCUUCAUAGACCACCGAGACAAAAAGAAUAGAGAGGAUCGCCGUACGUCGUCUCAUAUCUGCCAGGACAGGUUGAUCUUGCACCUCUGGGCCUACCGUGCAGGUACCUGCAAGGUUGUAGUUCAACUCGGGCUGAACCUGUGCCAGACUGCGACACAGAUUAUGGAAGUUCUUGGGAACAUGGAAGAGCUAUCGAGUGAAUGCUGGAAUUACUUAAUGUUGCAAGAAAGCUUUAUCCAAACAUGCAAGAUUUUCCAUCACCCGAUCGACCGGCACUCGACCAACGAAAUACUUGAAGCAAUACAGAGCAUAGCGAAUAAUGGUCAUUCGCUUGAAACGGAGCCGUCCCUGCAACUCUCGAAUAGAGGCUUAUUAGAGUACGUGGUCGCCGAAUUGCUAAAGGGCGUUGGAGGUAUGCGAAUAUUGUUUGUAUACAAUGCAGAUGCUUGUGCCUUCGGAAUAAGUCCUGGCAUUGGAGAGGACCAGGAUAUCCUGGUUGUACCACACGAAUCAUGUCGCCCACUUAUACUUCGAAGUCACCCGAUUGCAGAUGGAGAUAGUGAUCAAGUGCACUAUAAAGUGGUUGGACAGGCCAUAGCUGGAGACCAUGCCAAGCCAACCCCUUUCACUGAUGGAGUGAAACAGCAGCCUCCGGAGGAGUUUCUUGUGGUUUAA